AUGCGGCAAAAGUAUUACAAUCCUCAAAUUAAGACAGUCAUGCCGAUGGAGAAACAUACAUCAAAAGUUCUCACGCCUUCCGCCUCUAAGUUGUUACAAGAUGAGAUGAUACUUUCUGUUGGGUAUGGUCUAUUUCCAUAUAGUGGUGGAUCAUAUCUUGUGCGUUAUUACAACAAAACAGAUGGUGGACGUUUUGUGUAUUGGAAUUCAAUAGAAGAGGUUAUUAAUGUUCUUGCCAAGAGUUUGAAUUUUCACGAAUUUUGUGCAGAGAGUGCUGCAAAUUAUUCAAUGUUUCCUGAAAAUGAGCAUAUGAGCAGGGGCGGAUCUAUGUGCACGGAAUUGAUUGAGAUGGAUAAAUUUGUCACGAGGUUGGACCAUUCUCAACCAAGUCCUAGUUGUCAAUCCUUGAUCCAAGCGAAUGCCAAUUAUUCCUAUCUUAUAAAUGAACUCGAUUUGGGGUCACUUAAAGGCGGUCCAGGAGAAAUAAUAUCUAUUGGUGACUAUAACCCUAGAAUACGAGAUGAAGUAAGGAAACAUUACAUUCAACAAGGUCCUUGUCAACCUUCCAAGCAUCAAUUUUCCAAAACUCAAAUAGGAGGAAGAAUGCGUCAAUUUGUUCCAAGUUGGUUCAAUGGUCAAUUUUCUAAAUGGUUGGAGUAUAGUGUGAAGAAAGAUGCGGCAUUUUGCUUAUGUUAUUAUUUGUUCAAAAAUAAAUUUAUUCAUGAAAAUGCGGGUGAAUUUUAUACAAAAAAUAGUUUUAGGGCUUGGAAUAAGGGUCUUGAAAGAUUGCGUUUACAUGUUGGUGAUGUUAAUAGUGUCCAUGAUAAAUAUUUCAAGAAGAUCCUAGAUUUAUCAAAUCAUCAUCAAUCAAUUCAAGUUAUUUUUGAUAAGCACUCCGAGAAGUUGAAAAGUGAGUAUCGAAUGCGUUUAGAAGCAUCAAUUGAUGUGGAAAGACUUCUAUUGUUGUAUGGAUUGCCUUUUAGAGGCCAUGACGAAAGUGAAUCUUCAACAAAUCAAGGCCUCUUUCUAGGAUUCUUACGAUGGCAUGGGGACAAGCAUCCGGAUGUGGGAAAAGUAAUAUUAAAAAAUACUCCACAAAAUGAUACUUUGACUUGCCCUAUGAUCCAAAAGGAUAUUAUCAAUGCUUGUGCAAAAGAAACAUUAAAGGCUAUAAUUGAAGACUUGAAUGGAGAUUAUUUUGGUAUAUUAGUUGAUGAGCCCAAAGAUAUCUCACACAAAGAACAAAUGGCUCUUGUUUUGCAUUAUGUUGAUAAAAAUGGUGAAGUGGUAGAGCGAUUUAUUGGUCUUGUCCAUGUUAGUGAUACAUCGACAUGCUCAUUGAAGGAAGCAAUCUACUCUUUGCUUCCGGACCACUUACUAAGUCCGUCUCAAAUACGUGGACAAGGUUAUGAUGGAGCUAGUAACAUGAGGGGAGAGAUAAGUGCUAUGUCUAAAAAGCAUUUGGAUGUCGAAGACUUCUUUUGUCAUGUUACUAAUGUGUUGAAUGUCAUUGGAGUAUCUUUUAAGCACAGAGAUUUGCUUCGCCAUCUUCAAGCUGAAAAACUGGAGCAAUUACUUGAGUCCGGUGAAAUUCAUACCGGGCGAGGACUAAAUCAAGAACGCGGGCUUCAAAGACCAGGUGAUACUCGUUGGGAAUCACAUUUCAAAACAUUAGAUAACUUUAUUGUUAUUUUCUCAUCUAUUAUUCGUGUGCUUGAAGUGAUUGAACAUGAAGGUUCUACCUCAAAUGAGAGAAAUCAAGCAAAAUAUCUUUUGAGUGAGAUAAUAACAUUCAAAUUUGUUUUUAUCCUUCACUUGAAGUUGAAAGUUUUGGCAAUGUCAAAUGAGUUGAACAAGAUCCUACAAAAGAGAGAUUAA